ACACCUCUCUAUAUACCGGUACAUUGUAUGAUAUCUACAGACACCUCACUAUAUACCGGUACAUUGUAUGAUAUCUACUGGUUAUGAAUGAAUGUCUAUAUUUCUAUAUGGUCCUGGAGAAGAACAGAACACUGGAGAGAAGCUGGACCUCUUAUAGUUUAGGCUAGGCAAUAAAUGUAUGGAGGUGUGCAGAGAAAUGCAUCUUAAGCCGUCCGACCUGCACGAAGACGCAUGAAACAGUGGAGAAAAGCUGAUCUUCUUAGUGAUGAGAUCAGGCAAUGAACGUAUAAAGAUGUGAAGACAAAUACAUGGCGCUUAAUUAGUGCAACCUGCAUGAGGAAGAAGAAUGGAACACUGGAGAGAAGUUGACCCCCUAGUGUUGGGACCAGGCAAUACAUGUAUGGAGUUGUACUGAGCAAUGCACGGUCCUGAAGGAGUCCAACCAGAAUGAAGAAGAACGGAACACUGAAGAGAAGCUGAUCGUCCUAGUGAUGGGGCUUAGCAAUGGAUGUAUAGCGUUGUGUGGAGAAAUGCCUGGUCCUGCCUGCAAGAAGAAGGUUAGAACUGGAGAGAAGCUAACGCUACUAAUGAUGGUCCUACUGGGCAAUGAAUGUAUGGAGGGGUGCAGAAAAAUGCAAGGUCCUAAAGAAGAAAAAGAAUGGAACACUGGAGAGAACUAUUGAUCAGACUUGGCAAUGAAUGUAUGGAGAUGUGCAGAGAAAUGCCUGGUCCUGAAGGAGUCCAAUCUGCAAGAAGAAGAAUGGACCACUGGAGAGAAGCUGAUCCUCCUAGUCAUGAGGCCAGGCAAUUAAUGUAUGGAGGUGAACGGGGAAAUGCAUGGUCCCAAAGUAAUCACCAGCUUUCAAGAAAAAUAAGGAUAGAACAUUGGAGUAAAGCUGGCCCUCCUAAUGAUGGGGCCAGACAAUGAAUGUAUGGAGGUGUGUGGAGAAAUGUAAUGUGGCAGCAAAUGGGAAAUUGUGGAAAUAUUUACAGGUAUGGGGCAGGUGAAGAGAAGAAGUAUAUGAGAAGUUGGAAUUAUUUUCUCUCUGUCCAUUCCUGGGGUGUGGUAGGGUUGGAGAAGAACAUGUGGUAUAUAGAUGUUUCCUUGUAUAUGGGGUAUACAGAUAAGAGGUGAGAAGUCAUCAUGAGUGUGAGAAUGGGCGCAGCAGAGGAUCUGGAUGAAGAUCAAUAAUACUUGGCAGCACUUCUCCAGCCAUUUGUCACACUUGUCACUUCAUUUGUGUGGCUGAACAAAGGCUUUAAUGCAGCGGUACCAAAUCUGGAUUAGUAAGAAGCAGUCAAGUGGCCAGAACUGGGCUGGAGCCACCUGUGCCCCGGCCAGUGACCUCUGUGAGAAACCUGCACAGUAAACAUUAGGACUCUUUAGGUGUGGUCCUAUAAGGUAUAAAUAUUGGGGAUGGACACAGGAGACCCAGAGCUGAUCCUGAACAGAAGGAACUCACAUCCUAACUAGUCUCUCGUGUUUGGUGGUUUGUGGACAUGAUGGGACACUUCCUUCCUUCCCUGCUGUUUCUGGGGGCACUUGGUGCUGCGCUGGUGGAGUCGUACUGUGUGGAGAAAGGGAGGAAUAUCGCCCUGGAAGGGAAGGCCAGUCAGAUCUCCGUGUACCAUGUGAAUGGGAACGCACUCAAUGCUAUCGAUGGGAAUCGUGAUGGAGUUUACCGUAUGAAAUCCUGCAUCUUGACUAGAAGUGAAAUUUCUCCCUGGUGGAGAGUGGAUCUCCAUGAGCCACGAAGGAUUGGGGCUGUGGUUGUCACUAACAGGAAGGACUGCUGCUGGGAUCGUCUGAUUGGAGCUCAAGUGCUUGUUGGAAAUGCCACCAGGAAUCAAAACCCAGUGUGUGGCACCAUUACUAAGGCAGAACCGGGACUGGUCACCAGAGUAUGCUGUCCAGGGAUGGUGGGACGCUAUGUCAGCAUUGUCAUCCCUGACCGUGAAGAGAUUCUCAACCUGUGUGAAGUGGAGAUCUACCCUGAGGGCGAGGAGAAGCCGUGCGAGUAAUCCAAGGCUGGAAAUUCAGAGGAUACAGGGUUAAUGAUUGCGAGAAAUUACAUGAAUGAACAGAAUCUAGAACAAUCACAAUAAACCUC